UGAAGACUUUGCCACUGGAGUGGAGACGCACAACGAUUAGUCGGUUUUUAACAAUGUGUUCAACGAGUCAAAAACGGAGAGUGUUUUAAUUUUGUUUUGUAAUAGACGAAGAGCAUACCUGUUCAAAAAUCAGUCGAAGUAGCUUCCAUUUUUUCAGCGUUUUUGUGUGCAGCCUGCCAAUAAAUCUACAGAGCUCACUCCGCGAGCGGUUUGUGCUUUUGGACGUUUUACUUCUACUACUCUCGCCAUGGAGUACACCUCUUCCCCGAAGCCACAGCUCUCCUCCAGGGCAAACGCGUUCUCGAUAGCCGCUAUCAUGUCAAGUGGAAAAACGAAGGACAAGGAAACCGAUGAAAACACCAUCAAGCCACUUGAACAAUUCGUGGAGAAGUCCUCCUGUAACCAAGGUUUGGGAGAGUUGUCUUCUCUAGAUGGGCUCGGAGAUUUCAGCGGGAGCGCGCCUCCAGUGUGCACAGAGCCGCUGAUCCCCACCACUCCCAGUGUUCCCAGCGAGGAGAUGGCCAAAAUCUCCUGCACUUUAGAGACCAAAGAACUCUGGGACAAAUUCCAUGAUCUCGGCACCGAGAUGAUCAUCACAAAAUCCGGAAGAAGAAUGUUCCCCACCAUCCGUGUGUCCUUCUCCGGGGUGGACCCGGACGCCAAAUACAUCGUGCUGAUGGACAUUGUUCCGGUCGACAACAAACGCUACCGAUACGCCUACCACAGGUCGUCCUGGCUCGUGGCGGGCAAGGCGGACCCUCCUCUGCCUGCAAGGUUAUACGUGCACCCUGACUCUCCUUUCACCGGGGAACAGCUGCUCAAACAAAUGGUGUCUUUCGAGAAAGUAAAGCUCACCAACAACGAACUGGACCAACAUGGACACAUCAUACUAAACUCCAUGCAUAAGUACCAGCCCCGGGUCCACAUCAUCAAGAAGAAGGACCACACCGCCUCCCUUCUCAACCUCAAGUCAGAGGAGUUCCGCACCUUCGUUUUCACAGAGACUGUCUUUACCGCGGUCACAGCCUACCAGAACCAGCUGAUAACCAAGCUGAAGAUCGACAGCAACCCGUUUGCGAAAGGCUUCCGAGACUCCUCCCGACUGACGGACAUGGAGAGGUUACUGCAAAGACAUGAUAUAUCUUGGGAAAGUGUUGAGAGUUUGAUCCACAAACACUCAUACGCACGGUCGCCAAUACGCACCUACGCAGGUGAGGAGGAGACACUGGGGGAUGACAGCCACGCCGCACAUAGGGGUUCUGCGUUCACCGCCUCUGACAACCUCUCUCUGAGCUCCUGGGUCACUGCCACCUCUGGUUUCUCAGGCUUCCAGCACCCCCAGGCCCUCUCUGCCAUGGGCUCCAGCAGCGCCUCCCUGGCCACCCCCUUGCCCCACCCCAUCCAGGGCUCCCUGCCCCCUUACAGCCGGCUGGGCAUGCCCCUGACACACUCGACCCUGGCGGGCACCAUGCAGGGCGGCGGGCCCUCCUUCCCCUCCUUCCACAUGCCCCGCUACCACCACUACUUCCAGCAGGGCCCCUACGCUGCCAUCCAGGGACUGCGCCACUCCUCCACCGUCAUGACCCCCUUUGUAUGAC